AGACAAAUAUAAAAUAAAGUAAAGAAAUUAACUUAGGUAUUUACAAAACUCUCUAACACCAUAAAACCCUGCGCCCAGAGAUUUCACUCUUCUUCCUCAUGUAAACUCUCUCUUUCUCUCUCUCUCUUUAUCUCUCCCAUUUUUUUUUUCUUCUCUAAAUUUUUAUUUUUUCUCUUUUUUAUUUUUCAUUUCUGUAACUUCUUCUCCGUCAAAGACACAGAGAGUAGAAAAAAAAGAAAAACAGAGGAACAGAUUAAAAAAAAAAAAACUUUAUUAAACGAUGAUGCAACUGGGUGGUGGUACUCCGACCACUACAGCGGCGGCUACAACCGUCACAACUGCUACAGCACCACCGCCACAAUCAAACAACAACGAUUCAGCGGCAACAGAAGCAGCGGCAGCAGCGGUUGGGGCGUUUGAGGUGUCGGAAGAGAUGCACGACCGUGGGUUUGGAGGAAAUCGUUGGCCGCGGCAGGAAACGCUAGCGUUGUUGAAAAUACGAUCUGACAUGGGAAUAGCGUUUCGAGACGCUAGCGUUAAAGGUCCCUUAUGGGAAGAGGUUUCUAGGAAAAUGGCGGAGCAUGGUUACAUAAGAAACGCAAAGAAAUGCAAAGAGAAAUUCGAGAACGUUUACAAAUACCACAAACGAACCAAAGAAGGUCGUACCGGAAAAUCCGAAGGCAAAACUUAUCGCUUCUUUGAUCAAUUAGAAGCUCUCGAGUCUCAAUCUACAACCUCACUCCACCAUCAUCAACAACAAACGCCUCUUCGACCACAGCAAAACAACAACAACAACAACAACAACAACAACAACAGCUCCAUAUUUUCAACUCCUCCUCCGGUAACGACAGUUAUGCCGACGCUUCCUUCUUCAUCAAUUCCUCCGUAUACUCAGCAGAUUAAUGUACCUUCGUUUCCAAACAUCUCCGGUGAUUUUCUAUCGGAUAAUUCUACAUCGUCUUCGUCUUCUUAUUCGACUUCUUCUGACAUGGAGAUGGGUGGUGGAACUGCGACUACAAGGAAGAAAAGGAAGAGGAAAUGGAAGGUGUUUUUCGAGCGGUUGAUGAAACAAGUAGUUGAUAAACAGGAAGAGCUUCAACGCAAAUUCUUGGAAGCUGUUGAAAAGCGAGAACACGAGAGAUUGGUUAGAGAAGAGUCUUGGAGAGUUCAAGAGAUUGCCAGAAUCAACCGCGAGCACGAGAUCUUAGCUCAAGAACGCUCUAUGUCCGCUGCAAAAGACGCUGCUGUUAUGGCCUUUCUUCAAAAACUGUCAGAGAAACAACCGAAUCAGCCACAACCGCAGCCUCAGCCGCAACAAGUUCGACCAUCAAUGCAGCUUAAUAACAACAAUCAGCAGCAACCGCCUCAACGGUCUCCUCCACCGCAACCUCCUGCUCCGCUUCCGCAGCCAAUUCAAGCGGUUGUGUCGACGUUAGACACAACGAAAACGGACAAUGGUGGUGAUCAGAAUAUGACUCCUGCAGCUUCAGCGAGCUCGUCGCGGUGGCCGAAAGUGGAGAUAGAAGCAUUGAUAAAGCUGAGGACGAAUCUUGAUUCGAAAUAUCAAGAAAACGGACCAAAAGGACCAUUGUGGGAAGAGAUAUCAGCGGGAAUGAGAAGGUUAGGAUUCAACAGGAACUCAAAGAGAUGCAAAGAGAAAUGGGAAAACAUAAACAAAUACUUCAAGAAAGUCAAAGAGAGCAACAAGAAACGUCCCGAAGAUUCCAAGACUUGCCCUUACUUUCACCAGCUUGAUGCUUUAUAUAGAGAGAGGAACAAAUUCCACAGCAACAACAACAUUGCAGCUUCUUCUUCAUCUUCCGGUCUUGUUAAACCGGAUAAUUCUGUUCCCUUGAUGGUCCAACCAGAGCAGCAAUGGCCUCCGGCUGUAACGACUGCGACAACUACUCCCGCAGCGGCUCAGCCUGAUCAGCAAUCUCAGCCGUCGGAGCAGAACUUUGAUGAUGAAGAAGGUACAGAUGAAGAGUACGACGAUGAAGAUGAGGAAGAGGAGAAUGAAGAAGAGGAAGGAGGUGAGUUCGAGCUUGUGCCUAGCAAUAACAACAACAACAAGACGACGAAUAAUCUGUAAUGAUGAUGAUUCGAGUUCGAACCGGUUUGGUGGUGAAAGAUUAGUAAUCUUUUUUUAAGUUUUGAUACAGAACAUGAGAAUUUAAAUAUUGGAGGGUUUUUUUUUUUUUUUUUUUUUCAUCUUUGAUUUUUAAGUUAUACUGAAGAGAGAUUUAAUAUGUUAAAACAAAAUUAAAAUAAACUGUGAUUUAAUUAUUUUUUCCUUGGGAUAUAUAAAUAAAAAAUGUUAAGAUAGGGGGACAAUGUGGGGUUUUCAUAAGCAAAUAAAAAUAAAAGAAAAUGUAAUUGUAUAUGU